ACCAUGCAUAUUGGAUGAACACGUGUCUUUAUCCAUCCCAUUCUCUUAUUGUGUGGUCAUCUUCGAGCUUCAAAAACAAGCCAAUACUCAGCUUCCACAAUAGUCAGAGACACAGAAAUCGAGCUCUGCUCUCUGCAAAAACAAUGGCCGUAGUAGCUCAAAUCUCUGCGUCUCUCUCCGUUUCAAUCCGAGAUGCGUGUGCUUUUAGCCCCGCACCAACUCCAUCAAGGCUUUCUCUUUCGAACUUCGCUCAAACAAGGUCUACCUUUGCCACCGGUUCUCCACUCGUACUAAGGAGGACUUCUUGUCAACGGAAGUGUGCCUCCAGAGCAACACCAUUUGCAAUAAAAUGUGAACAAAGUACCCAGGAAAAUGGCUUGGAUGUAUGGCUAGGUCGGUUCGCCAUGGUUGGCUUUGCAGUAGCUAUUAGUGUUGAGAUAGCAACAGGAAAGGGACUUUUGGAGAAUUUUGGGCUCUCAAAUCCACUGCCUACUGUUGCAUUGGCUGUUACUGCACUAGUGGGAGUUCUAACAGCAGUUUUCAUCUUCCAAUCCGCCUCCAAAAAUUUUAAUUUUUCUUCUUUUUGUGAAAUGGGUGGAAGAAUUUCUCGACUUACAAAGAAGUUGUUUCCAAAGAAUCAAAUGAGGAUAGUCAUGGUGGGUCUUGAUGCUUCUGGAAAAACAACCAUUCUCUACAAGCUAAAACUGGGAGAUGUUGUUACAACAAUACCCACUAUAGGUUUUAAUGUGGAGACCAUACAGUACAAAAACAUUAACUUCACAGUUUGGGACGUGGGAGGACAAGAUAAGAUAAGGCCAUUGUGGAAGCACUACUUUCAGAACACACAAGGUCUCAUUUUUGUAGUGGACAGCAACGACCAAGAAAGGAUCUCAGAAGCUCGUCAUGAGUUGCAUCGUAUUUUAACCGAGCAUGAACUGAGCAAUGCGACACUAUUGGUCUAUGCCAACAAAAAAGACCUUCCAAACGCAAUGCCUGUGUCUGAGAUAACCGAUAAACUCAGCCUGCACUCGCUCAGUCACCGUCGCUGGUUGGUCCAAUAUACUUCUGCAACUUCUGGUGAGGGACUCUACGAAGGUCUUGACUGGCUAGCUAACAAUAUUUCUAACAAAGCUGACAAUAUUUCUAAAAAAGCUGUCUAAGUUUUAGAAUAAAGUAUAGUUCUUUCUGCUUAAUACACUAGAGACUAGUCUUUUGUAUAACAUUCAAUACAAGUCCAAUAAAACUAUUGUUCCAAAAA